CCCCGCCGCUCUGUUAACGGGAACUCCCCCUAAGUUCCCCGGUUCUCCUCUCUCUGCUCAUUCUCUCCAUGAGCUGUCACACACACAUACACACACAUACCCCCCUACUACAUACACACACAUACACCGUGACACACACACACACACACGCACACACUCGGAGUCGCUGCAUGUUGGAGCACACGUCCGUACUCUCUCUGCUGUUCCCCGGUUACCGAAAAGCGGCUGUUUGAUUUCGCAGUCUGCGGCGAGCCUCGUCGUGACAGAGUUUGGAAACGGCAGAAGGAGGGAGGAAAAGGUGGUGCCCUCCUGUCAGAAACACACACUCCCUCUGACACAUGGUCGACAGUGGGAGACGGAAGAGGCAAGAGAGAGUGCGGGAGUGACGUAGAUCCAGACAAACAGUCACAGAGAGAAGGCAGCCGGCCAUCUGUGGUCGGUCCCCCGCUAUUCUGCAGCUGUGUCGGAGUCAGCUAAACACAGGGCAAGAUAAGGGGGUCCUUCCUACAUCUCAUUGCCCAGAGGAUGAGCCCAGGCUGGGGCAAUGUUAAGGCCUCGCUGGCCUCGGAUUAAGCCCCUGGGGCCACUUCUGUGGAGGGAUGGGUGAUACCCCAGCUGGAUCUUCCGCUGUCGCCAUUCUCCAUGGCUAUCAUUAGUGGCUAAUGAGCUGCUGCUAGAGAGGAAACGGAGAGGGCGCCUGUGGAGAGAGGAGGAACUUUACAGCUGUUAUUAAGAGGCCCAGAGAUCUGACAAGGAAUUCUUUGCUUCUGCCAGAGAGUGGAACCCUUUAAAGCUUUUUUGGGUGCAAGCAUGAAAGAAUAUCGACUUUGGAAGUAAUAGUUGUUGACAUUUCUUUGCAGGUGUUGAUUGCCAAUUUUUUUGUUUUUGCUGCAGCAUUGUAUGUUUUGAAAAUUGUCACCAAGCAGUUAGACAUUUUUUCAGCGAAAUGAUUCAGUAUUUGGACAUAAACUGUUUUUUCCUCUCAAGUGAAGGAGUUUCAACAAAACGCUAUAAUCCAUUAGGAAUUUUUUGUUAAAGUUAUACUGUUUUUUCUUCACACUUUGAUAUUAUUUUGACCUUUCUAUGCCCUGAAGCACAUAGGUCACCAUGGCAGCAGCCUAUCGUGUAGUGGUGAGCAGUGUGAGCUGCUACAAUAGUGUGGUAGUGGACCGGCGCACUCACUCCCAUGCUGUGCACUACUGCUCGGGGCCAUGUGGGGCGCUGUCCCAGGGACUGGACUGUACUGUUGCGCACCGUGGCACCUGCUCUGAGCUGCUUGUUGCACCUGAUCCUGUGUACACUGACACGAACAGCUCACCCGUACACUCACGUAACAUGAUCACUCAGCAAUUUCCUAACCAUGGUAAAAUUAGCGUUACCAUGGAUACUAGCUAUAAUGGUGGCCUAGAAAGGGCGGGCAGCAGUGGCAAUUUGUCUUUAGGGGAGGACAGCCCCACGUGGCGAGGUAAAAAGACCCCAAGUUGCGGAGGAUCGACUGGGAACCUGAGCUCCUCUAGCAGUUUAAAGGAUAUAACCGAAGAGGCCAUCAACCUGGCCAGCGGUAAGCUCAAAGAGUUUUCUUUUGACAAGCUCCGCGUCUCCUCCUCCAGCCACGUCACCUUCCGGAAAGGUCGCAAAGUCCGUCCUGACUCUUUUAGCCGACGCUCCACUGACCUCGAGAUCAUCUAUGGCCACUUCAGCUCUAACAUCACCGCUAAUGGAACGACUAAUGGCAUGACAAAUGGCAUGGCUACUUCUAACGAUGAGAAUGUGCCUCCAUUUGCGUUGGGGAAAGGGGCAGGGCUGGAAGAGACGAAGCUAAAGGGCAACUCAAACACCUUGUCAGCGAUCACCAAAGUAGGUGGUGGCUCAACAAGCAGCCUAACAGGUAUUGCGUCAUUAGACCAAAGUCUGAACACAGUAGCCUCCCUGUACCGCAACACCCUGGGAGAGGAGAACCUGAUCGCCCGUCUGCUGGAAAAGACGAGAGCGGAGGCGGGUGCUGGUGGAACAGGUGGGGAGGACAUCCGUGCCUGCCUUGACAUCCUCCUUAAGUGCUCAGAAGACCUAAAGAAAUGCACUGACAUCAUCAAGCAGUGUAUCAGACGCAAAGCUGGUGGAGGGCCAGAGGAUGGAGGAGCCAGUCCCGACAGCGUCUAUCGGGCUGUGAUGACCCGACUCAGCUCCUAUCUGAAGAGACUGCCCCUGGAGCUGGAAGGGAUUGGAGGUUUGGGAGGCAGCGGGCAGGGGGGUCAGGGUACGCCUGGAAGUGGGCACAACGAUUUGGCUGAACUGGUCAACACUCUUCACUCCAUCCAACAGGGACCUUUCUCUCCAAUAUUUGGCAACGAGCAACCUCCUCGCUAUGAGGACGUGGUGCAGUCACCUCCCAUCCCAAAGACUGUUCCUCACUCUGCAUCUUCUACUCCAUCCACUGUUUCAGCCUCCUCCUCAUCUUCUUUGAAAUCCGACUCCAUCCACACCAAACCAGUCCAAAGCUCCCCAUCCAGAACCAGUAACCUUACCAAUGGCCUACAGCAUCCACAUUCUUCUUCUAUCACGCAACACACACUCUCUCCCCCGUCUGUCACCUGCCCUCCAUCCAGCUCCUCCCCAACACAGUCUCCCUCCCCUCUUCGCACCUCCCCGACCCCACCAUACACACACACUCCUCCUGCGUCCCCCAUGGAGGCUCUUUAUAUUGAGGAGGAGGAAGCAGAUAUGGGCAAGACACCAGAGCAGACACUCACUCCAACCAGAGGGGUAAACACUAUCCAGAACAAAAACGGCACUGUGUUAAGUCAGCACAUGCACCUGUCCCAACCACACACACUCCAUAACUCUUCAAAUACUUUGCCAGCCAACACUGGCUACAGCCCCACUUGGCCUUCCACUGCCUCGCUAACAGUCCCAGCUCCCAAAGCUGUCUCACACAGGAAUGAUGACAUCGACAAGCUGCUGAUAGACUUGGAGAAUCUUUCUCAGAGUAUGAGCCACCCCAGAAACACUGAGCCUCCACUUCCAGCCAAGACCAGGAAGAGAGAGGGCGGCCAGGGGAUCACCUCCAAUGAGGCUCUCACUCAGCCCAAAAUGGCCCAGUUCCAAGUCCAGAAGCCAGCUAGCCACUUAGCCAUGAAUGGCCCUAGCUCCAGGACUCCCCCAAGUAUCACUCCUCCCCAAGGAGACAACAGUGAAUCUCUGGCAGGAGAGGAGGAGGAUGGGGCCCUUCUGCUGAGGAUCCUGGAGAGCAUUGAGAGUUUUGCCCAGGAGCUGGUGGAUUCUGGGGCGGGAAGCACAGGGAGCGCUGAGAGGAAAUGUGGGAAGGAACGAGAGGUGAUGAGGCUCUUGCAGGACACACUAGCCACCGCCGGCAGGGCUGACACCCCUCUGGAGAGCACAAACCCACCAGCUGCUGCUCCCACUCCUCCAUCCAUGCACACAAAUGCAGUCCCAGCUGUACCACCCAAACACUCCCUGGCAAAUACACUUGCAGGUUCACCUGCACCAACACCAACACCUACAAUAUCUGAAGUUGUGUGCAAUGCUACAUCAGAACCUGCACCUAAACCCACACCUGAGGUUGCCCCCAAACCUCUGCCCAUACCCAUACCUGAGCCUACAACUGAAGCUACAGAUAAAGUUACAGAAGCCUCUACAGGUGACAUCCCUGCUCCUGUAACACCUGCACCUGAAAGCUUGCAUUCCUCUACACAUUCACUUGACCUUACACCUGUGGCUGCACCUGAAUCUCUGGCCCCUGUUGCAGUCCCAGCCGCAGUAGCUACAAGAGAUGCUGCCAUCGCUGUUGGUGACUCUGUUGCCGUGAGAGACACCGGUUCAACCCUGCUCAUCCAGCAGACUCCAGAGGUGAUCAGAGUCCAGUCCAAACCAGAAAAGAAACCAGGCACACCUCCACCAGCAGCUGCCCCUGCCCUGGCCGCACCCGCCCCGGCCCCACAUUCACCCAGCCCUCCCCCGGCUCCAGUGAUAGUCACCCCUCCUCCCCCUGCCAUCAACAUUCCCAGGUUCUACUACCCCCGUGGGCUUCCUGCCCUGGGCCCAGGUGCCAACCACGACGCAGCCAUCACUGCCAUCGAGACAGCCUUCACUGAGUUUGAGGAGGAGAAGGCCGACAUAUAUGAAAUGGGCAAGAUUGCAAAGGCAUGUGGGUGUCCACUUUAUUGGAAGGCCCCCAUGUUCUACGCAGCAGGUGGCGAGAGGACGGGCUUCGUCUCCGUUCACUCCUUCAUUGCAACCUGGAGGAAGUUGUUGCACAGUUGCCACGACGAUGCAUCAAGGUUUAUUUACCUGCUAGCCAAACCUGGCUGUAACUACCUAGAGCAGGAGGACUUCAUUCCUCUACUGCAGGACAUAGUGGAUACACACCCCGGGCUCACAUUUCUGAAGGAUGCACCUGAAUUCCAUUCCCGCUACAUCACAACGGUGAUCCAACGGAUAUAUUAUGUGGUGAACCGUUCAUGGACAGGUCGUAUCACCAUGAUGGAGCUGCGCAAGAGCAACUUCCUGCAGACCCUGGCCCUGCUCGAAGAGGAGGACGACAUCAACCAGAUCACCGACUACUUCUCGUACGAGCACUUCUACGUCAUCUACUGCAAGUUUUGGGAGCUGGACACUGACCACGACCUCUACAUUGACCCCAAAGACCUGGCGAGAUACAACGACCACGCAUCCUCAAACAGAAUCAUUGAGAGAUUGUUUUCAGGGGCCGUCACUCGGGGUAAUGCAGUGCAGAGAGAAGGCAGGAUGAGCUACGCCGAGUUCGUCUGGUUCCUCAUAUCUGAGGAGGACAAGAAAAAUCCCACCAGUAUUGAGUACUGGUUCCGGUGCAUGGACGUUGAUGGCGACGGCGUCCUGUCCAUGUUUGAGUUGGAGUAUUUCUACGAGGAACAGUGUGAGAGGAUGGAGAGGAUGGGUAUUGAACCUCUGCCUUUCCAAGAUUUACUCUGCCAGAUGCUUGACCUGGUUAAACCCGAGAGUCCAGGUAAGAUAACCCUGGGUGAUCUGAAGCGCUGCCGGAUGGCCCACAUAUUCUUUGACACCUUCUUCAACCUGGAGAAGUACCUGGACCAUGAACAGAGAGACCCAUUUGCUGUGCAAAAGGAUAUUGACAGUGAAGGUCCAGAGCCGUCUGACUGGGAUAAAUAUGCCUCAGAAGAGUAUGAGAUACUGGUGGCAGAAGAGACUGCAAAUGAGCAGCUGCAUGAGGGGUCAUUUGAUGACGACUAUGAAUCUGAGGAGCUUCAAGUCCCCGGAGAGAUUGGGAAUAAAAUGGAAAAACUGGUCAUAUCAGAUCUGUCAGCAUAAAACUCCUUCCCUGGAAUUCCUGGGCCUUUCAUCCUGGAAAACAGAUGGGAACAGAAGUGAUAGAGAGUCCCUUAGGGUGGAUGCAUCACAAAAAAAAUACAUGGAUGUAAUGACAGAGGGAGAAAAGGAUUCUGGCAUCUGUCUUAACGAUGAAUCUGGAGUCUCCUCAGAAUGGACUCGCCGGUUUUUGUGUGUGUGACUGUAAACCAGUACUGUUCUGUGUCUGGUGCAAAAAAAAAAGCAUCUGUAUUCAUACAGAAAAAUAAUGUCACUGCCUCCAGCUUGUCACUCCAUCCGAGAGAACAAAGCCAAUGAUGGAGGGAGACGUGCUCAAUAAGCUCUAAAAGGAAUCAAGAAAAAAAAAAGCUUCACCGUAAAAUAAAGUAACUGCCAUUGUGAAUUCUCUACUGACAAUCCUGCCUGAAGACAAUCACCUGCAUAUUCAGUUGUUGCUGUGCUAAAGGCAGACAGACAGGUAGACUGUUAGUUACACAAAUAGACUCUUAAGUUGGAGAAACAGGGAGAUGGAAAUAGAUGAUGAUAGUGAUAGGCAUUUCCAUUCAAAGCCCACAGUCACAACAGUCAGCUGCUCAGUUAUAUCACAUACAGACAGACACUGCCAUCAGAAACCUGCUGCCUGUGCAGCUUGUCACUGUGUUUCUUGUAAAGGAAGUUGUUAAACCUCUAGUCCCUUCAGGGAGGAAUCAUGUAACAGUUUUGGGUGGUUCGUAACAGCACCUCUCUGUGGCCAGUCUGUACUACUGCACAUCUAUCACUGUCAUGCACGGUGCAUAAUGGCUGGCCAACCUUUCCACGAGGGAGUUCAGUUCACUGCACAGCCUGAGCUCUGCUCUAUUCUUAGAGCAGCAUUAUCAGCGCUCCACCUCCGGACUCCCUUUGCAAUCAUUUCUAAACUCUGGAAAAAGCUUCUGACUACACGGACUGUAAUGUUCCAGCCAGUGAGUUAAUGCUCGGCAGGUCACAGUCAGAGAUAUGCACAUAAAAUGAUGCAUGUUGACAGACAUAUCAAACUCUCUGGUAGAGUUGCCCACACAUUUCCACCUGUAACAUUUGUAAUAAUAUAUGCACAUAAGAACUGUGAGUUGUUCCUGUCAGUCUCAUGCAUCUAUCCAGCACAUCCCACUGUAUGUUUCUCACAUCCUUGUUGAUUGUGUACAGUAUCUGGUAAUUGAUUUGUUUCUUGUCCUUUAUGCCAAAAACUGUUAAUUUCCUGCUUAGAAGUCAUUGUUAUAUACCAUUUGUUUCUGAAACUUUCUAAUGUCCAUUCUCCCUGUAACACACAUACCAAACACACGGCUAAGGAUGCCUCUUAAAGGAUCAGUACAUCCAAAUGAUGACAACAGCAUGAUUUCUCCUGAUUCUAGUGGUGAGACCUUUUUGUUGUAUUUGUCCAAGUUUUUAGAAAUCUGUCCCUGAGAGUUCAGCCUCAGUCCUAUCACAAUGGAAUUGAAUGAAAUUUUGUUUGUGGCUCCUACAACAUAGAAUAUAACAUUAGCAUUUAACAGCAACCUCUCUGUCCCUGUUACUCAAAAUAAACGACAGAACACACUGUGAACAUUUUCCAUUGGAACUACUUUCUAUUGAGGAAAUAGUCCUGACAUUGAGGUUUGUAGAGAGUAACAGGACACUGUGUCUGGCAAAGUGUGAUGCUGAUGAUUUUAUUUUAUUUUUUUCAUGCUUUGAGUGCCGCAGAUGAAAUUCCAUUCACUCCCAUUGUACUGAGACUGUGGCAGAAAUCUCAGACAUAGAUAUCUUUAAAGUUGGGCAAAUACAAUAAAAACAAUUUACAUAGAGAGAUUACAUUAAGUGAGAUUUUGUCGGUCAGUUUGUGUGAACUGACCCUUUAACCCUAUUAUUUACUGUGCUGCACUCACAGGGACAGGUGCAUGUGUGUACACUGCCCUUACUGUAAUAGCUAGGAGCGUGUGUUUGCUUAUAAAUCACUGAUAGAGGAGUGUGUUUUAGGAGUGUGUGAUAUGUAGCUCACGGUUUCGGGCUGUUUAUAUGCCGUAGCUGUUGCCAUGGGGAUGGUGUUCUGUGUGUGUGUGUGUGUGUGUGUGUGUGUGUGUGUGCGCGUGUGUGCGUGUGCGUGUGCACACUCAUAUAACUCUUUAAUUAGGAAUGGGACAGCUCUUGUCCUCGAUGGCUUCAAAUUUACUGGCUUAUACCUGCCAUUACUGACACGAAAUGUACACAGACACACUUAUGCCCACACCACACUAAAGUUGCUAUUGAAAGGGAGAAAGAGAGCUAGUGGAUGCAGUAAGGCCUUAAGGACCUUGAGUUUCCCUCUUAUGCUCCUCAGCCAUUGUAAAUGUGCCUGACUGUGUAUUAAACUAUAUUAUUAAUAACAGUAAUAAUAAGCCAUUAUAGAUAUAACGGCUUCAGAUUUUUGAUGUAUUUUGAUGGUUUAUAUUGCUGUGCCACUGUGUGGCUCGGGACAGGGGGGUAAAUUAUGUUAGAUGUGUGUAUGUUUGUGUGUUAGAUGCACAGUGGAUUUCAGAGGAGGGGGGGAAUCCUCUGGAGGACUGAUCUGAAGCUCCAACCACCUGACAAUCAUAAAAUUAUUAGAUACACGUCACAUGGAAACCUCUGAGACUGAUGUUUAACUGCUGUGGUCACAUACACACACAUGCGUGCACACUCACACACUCUCAAGGAGACUUUUUCACCCAGACAGUAUUUAAAACGAAACUGUUAAAGGCAAUGUGAUGUCUCCGGUUGAUAACUUUCUGGCUCUAUGCAAAGUGUCCUGGUGCUCACACAUGCAGCAUCGGGCGAGGAGAGAAGCCAUGUGGGACUUCUACUUUGAAAUUAUAUGUCUACCGUGAGAGGUAGAGAAAAGACUUUUAUUUUGAUGUACUUCCUCUGUGCAGAGGAGACUCAAGGCUGAUAUGUGAUGCGAAUCCUGAUGUUGUAUUGGCAUGGUUUUCUUUCUUUCUGUCCUUCAUUUUUGCUUGCUUUCUUUCUUUCUUUCUUUCUUUCUUUCUUUCUUUUUUCUUUUUUCUUUUCUUUGUCCUGCUCCUUGUCAUUUGUUGCUUUUGUCUGAAGUUUAAAAGUUUAAAUAAAGAUGUUUCAAGAAUA